AAUCAACGGACCAAGUACUACUCCGUAUUCGUAAGUUUGAGACUUCAAGUCUCCUUUUUGACAAAAAGGCAGAAACUAGGAGAAGAUAGCCCAUUGGAAUUUGGAACUCCCAUAGCAAAACAGAGUUUUCAAUGUCUUCUUUCCCUAGUAUCCCCAUUAACAACCGCUAUUUUUACUUCAUUUUUCCUCUGAAGAAACGCCAACCUGAGAUUCAUAUACCCUUUCCCUGAUUUUACAAUCCCAACUCACUAGAGGCAUUUGUCACAAUACAAGAAAGGAAAAAAGAACAGAGCAAGAAGAUCAACAUGUGGAGUAGACAUCUUAUUAGAUUCAGUAAUAAUAGAUGGAUGUCAACUUCAGUAGCAACAAAUGUCAAAAACAUUAUGGGAUGGUGGGACCAUGUACUACCAGCUCCUAAGGACCCAAUCACCAGUGUCACUGAGGCUUUUCUCUCUGAUCCAAGUCCUUUGAAGCUCAAUCUUGGUGUGGGAGCUUACAGAGAUGAUGAAGGAAAACCAGUUACUCUUGAGUGUGUUAGACGAGCUGCGGAAAGUAUUUCUGGCUGCGAGUUCUUGGAAUCAACUAAAGCAACAACGAAAUCAAAGUUCGUGCAGGACUCUGUAAAAUUGGCUUAUGGAAAUGACUCUAAUGUUGUUAGAGAAGGCAGGUUUGCUGGUGUUCCAGCUCUUUCUGGGACUGGUGCAUGCCGGCUGUUUGCUCAAUUCCAAAGGCGCUUCUAUCCUGACUCACAAAUUUUUCUACCAACGCCAACUUGGUCCAACCACCAUGACAUUUGGAGAGAUUCUCAAGUUUGUACAAGUACCUACCACUAUUAUGAUCCUGAUACAAAAGGAUUGCAAUUUCAAGCCCUCAUGAAUGAUAUCAAGAACGCUCCAGAUCGUUCCUUUUUCUUACUUCAUCCUUGCGCUCAUAACCCAACUGGUGUUGACCCCAACUAUGAGCAGUGGAAAGAAAUCUCACACAUAUGCAAGAUCAAGAAUCAUUUUCCUUUUUUUGAUAUGGCUUAUCAAGGAAUUGCUAGCGGGGACCUUGAGAGAGAUGCCACUGCUAUUCGGAUAUUUCUAGAAGAUGGACAUCUAUUGGGCUGUGCUCAAUCUUUUUCCAAAAAUAUGGGAUUGUAUGGACACCGUGUAGGUUGUGUCAGUAUUGUCUCCAGGGAUGAAAACCAAGCCACUGCGAUUAAGAGCCAGUUGCAGCAGAUUGUUAGGGCAAUGUACAGUAGCUCUCCUGUUCAUGGCCCAUUAUUGGUGUCAGCGAUCUUGAAUGAUGCUGAUUUAAAGGCACUUUGGGAAGAGGAAGUUAAGGUCAUGGUGGAUCGCUUGAUCAGAAUGAGAAUCACAUUACGUCAGAAUCUUGAAGAGUUGAACUCAUCUGCAAGCUGGGAACAUAUAACCAAGCAGGUUGGUAUGUUUUACUUCUCCGGUUUAUCUCCUAAGGAGGUUGACCAACUGCAGAGGGAUUUCCAUAUAUACAUGACUAAUGAUGGACGCAUCAGCAUGGCAGGGGUGACAAGCAGCAAUGUGGACUACUUGGCAAAUGCAAUCCAUGAAGUUACCAAUUGUAAAUAAUAGUUUGACUGAAAUGGUGAAUCAGUUUUGGCUUUGGUAAGAAGCAGUUUGUAGCUUAGAUUGUCUAUCUAAAUGUUUCAAAAGCCAAAGUCAAAAUAUGUAGUUAUGCAAUAUAUACUGUUUCUCCAGAAUGUUUAUUAAGCCAAAACUUGAGGGGUUUGGCUCAGAAUUUGUAUUGAAGUAUGUCAUGAGAAGUUCCCUUGUUCUUGUUAGCAUAACAAGUGUAUUGAUCCAAAUCAUUUUAAAUUCGUAGUUUAGCUUA